CAGAAGGAAGUUUGAUGAAAAAGUGUUGUAAUUUUGUAGCUUAAUAAUAUGAUAUUUUUGUUAGCUUACAAAUGAUGAAGUGUUAAAAUGAAAAGCAGAAAUGAUCUAAAAGAAUAGAAAUGAUUUUGGUAAAUUAAAAAGUAUUUGUAUGGAGCCACGCCACGAGAAAGAGAUGGUGGCAUGUUGGACAUCCCUUCUGGCUUCUGGAAUAUACGAAGAAGGGGUUGGUGGGAAUAAAGAAGAAGAUAAAAAGAAUCAGAAUAGUGAAGCUGAGAAAGAGAUGGAGAUGCAACAGCUCCUCAGCAUGGGCUUUCCGGACGAGUUAGCCGCCCAAGCGCUGGCUGCCACAGGCGGAAAAUCGACAGUCAAAGCCACCGAAUGGAUUCUCACUCACAAGCCUAACUCCUCAAACCCUUCCACUUCCACUUCCGCAACCACACUCCAGCCCAAGCUCGAUCGUUUCUUCCAUUCCCAAUCCCCCACCCCUCCACACUCCCAAGAACAAGAACAGCCCUCCAAACGCCUCAAGCCUUCUCAAAAACAACAAAACUGGCCCUCCUUCUUCUUCAAGAAACAAGGCAACACGCACAUUCACGAGCCCUUGUACGAGCGUUUGCGUCCCAGAACCCUAGACGAGGUGGUCGCCCAGGAGCAUCUCCUCUCCCCCAACUCCCUUCUCCGCUCCGCAAUCCAACGCAAUCGCCUCCCUUCCCUCCUCUUCUGGGGUCCACCUGGCACCGGCAAGACCACUAUCGCCAGAGCCAUCGUCAACUCCGCCACCUCAACCUGUUACCGUUUUGUCUCCCUAUCCGCCGUCACCAGCGGCGUUAAAGACGUCAGGGACGCCGUCGACGAAGCCAGAAAACUCAGGCUCAAAUCUAACCAAACCACCGUUCUCUUCGUCGACGAGGUUCACAGGUUCAACAAGUCUCAACAGGACUCUUUCCUACCCGUCAUUGAAGAUGGCAGCAUUGUCUUCGUUGGCGCCACCACCGAGAACCCUUCUUUCCAUUUGAUUACGCCUCUCUUGUCUCGAUGCCGUGUCCUCACUCUUAACCCUCUCCAACCCCACCACCUUGCCUUGCUUCUAAACCGUGCCGUGAAUAACCCUGACAAAGGCUUGCUGCAAAGCGUGGGGCUUCAGGUUCAUGUGGGUGAAGAUGUUGUUGAUUUUAUAAGCAACAAUUGUGAUGGGGAUGCUCGUGUGGCCUUGAAUUCCUUGGAGAUUGCAUCUGUUACCGCAGCUGCACGGCUACAACAUGGUAAGCAAAAGGAGGAGGAAGGGAUUGAAAAUCAGACAAAAGAGGAAUACAAUGUUGCUGUUGUUAGUGUUGAUGAUGCAAAGGAGGCACUUCAGUGCAAGCACCUUGCUUAUGAUAAAGCUGGGGAAGAGCAUUAUAAUCUAAUCAGUGCAUUGCACAAGUCUAUGAGGGGAAGCGAUGCAGAUGCAGCUAUUUACUGGUUGGCAAGAAUGCUACAGGGUGGUGAAGAGCCUCUUUACAUUGCACGGAGACUCGUACGGUUUGCAAGUGAGGAUGUUGGUCUGGCUGAUCCAUCGGCUCUUACUCAGGCCGUUUCCUGCUACCAAGCUUGCCACUUCCUGGGAAUGCCCGAAUGCAAUGUCAUUCUUGCGCAGUGUGUAGCUUACUUGGCCUUGGCACCUAAAUCUGUUGCAGUUUAUCGAGCAAUAGAAGCUGCUCAGAAGGCAGUGAGAGAAUCGGCGGGACACAAUGAGGGGGUCCCUCUCCAUUUGAGGAAUGCACCAACCAAAUUAAUGAAGGAAAUUGGGUAUGGGAAGGGGUAUAUCUACCCUCCUGACAACCCCUUUUCCACACAAACGUACAUGCCACCAUCACUUCAAGGCCACAAGUUCCUCCAUUGGCCCGACAGAAUUCCAUCUGACGGAUAAGAAUAGUAAAUUAGGAUCCUGAGUUGCUGUGUCAUCUUUUUGUCUUUGGUUUUGCGGGUAAUAGAGGGAGAACUGGACAAGAAUGCAUACUGCAUAUGAUGUGUCAUUAUGUAUUUAUGUAUAUUUUUCCACCAUUGCCAAGAAAUAUGUCGACAAUGGUACGGGGUGGGAGAUGCUAAAUGCUAGUGCAAUGCAUGAUGUAAAUUUUGGCCCAAUUAAACCUCAUUUUGACGAAUUUACUUCGAAUUUUAUUUUAUUCAUCACCAUACUAUUAUUCAUUUUAUGAAAUGUUUUAUGUAAUAAAUGUUCCCGGGAGUUCGU